GAGCUGCCCAGCCAGCGCCCCAAAAUAACUUGUGUUGAAAGCAAUCGUCACAUCUAAUUAUAUUUAUCAGCCAAGGCAGAACAAAAAAAACAUGACCUCAGUGACAGAAUACGAGAAGUGAGGAGCGAACAGACGUGUUUACUCGGCAACAGCGUAAAAAUAAAAUUUAUUAUAACGCCUCGCUUUCUAAGAACGUACUGUACCUGUGUUCAAAUAAUCCUACAAGGUUGUUUACAAGCGCUUGUUAUCAGGCAUCUGCUGCCAUGACAUUUAGAAUCGGAAAGCUUUCUUCCACCGCUGAGAUUUAUUUCCCGUGCACAUUAGAAGAGGAAGCAAACUGACCCGAGAAAUGUCGGAGUAACGAGCGACCGGAUUAACUGUGUGUGUUCGAUGAGAAGGUUGGGUUGCGCCCUGGGGAGUGGAUAGAACAAAACCUUUUGUGUUUGAUUUGAUGAAUCGCACAAAUCGGAUGUGAAUGUCUUUAUGAUCUUGCUUGCCUCUACCACUUCGGAUCUUCGUAGAACGGCGAUUCUAUUGUAAAAGUGAAAUACAAUCCAAAUGUAUUACAAAAAUACAGAGUAAUAGUUGUCGAUCUUUGCGGAGGAUAAAGAAUACAUGCCUAGCUCUUAAUCCUACUAUACUACUGUAUCUGGUUAUAAUAUCUGGUGUAUCUGCAAUUGAUGUAUUACAAAAGUACAGAGUAAUAGUUGUGGAUCUUUGCAGAGGAUAAAGAAUACAUGCCUCUGUCUCCUCCCAACGAGAUGAAAAACGGGGGACCUCAUGUGGAGCGAACAGGAAAACAAACUUCUCGGGAACUUUAAUGAGGAGAUUUGAGUGGCUUCUCCGCUGGGGUUGAACUCCAAACGACACACGCUCGGACAGGAGAGGGGGGGUCGAGAAGCUUUCAACGUGCUGCAGUUUUUCAUCAUUGGCAAGGUUCUCGGCGUUCCAUCUGCCGGCGCAUCGUGACGAGCUUGACAAAUGGAGCUCAUCCAGAACCGCAACUCCACUCAGGACCUUUCGGACCUCGUGGUCUCCCGCUGGGACUCGAUGCCACAAAUGUCAUCAUAUGAUAAUAACAUCAUCAUCGUCCUGGGCGUGUUGACCUUUGCCCUCCAGCUGUGUUUGGCUCUCCUUGUCAUGCGGAGAUGUCUGAAUCUGGAGCAAAAAAUCCGAGAGGCUGCAGAAUGCCCGCAGAAUUUGCAGAAACUUCAGAUAGUAGUUCCCUCAUCCUGCCAGCAAGAUGUUUCCAAACAGAUUCCUCAUCGGUUUUAUGACGACUGUUUCUUGACCUCCCCAGGAGAAGGAUCCGCUCCCACUGGAACAGCCAAAACCUGUCUCUUUGGACCUUACAUACACUGGGACCUGGUUCAGAACUGAAAAUGUGAUGAAGAAAAGUUUUUCUUAAUUUGUUCCUAAAAUUGUAUGUUACAAAAAAAAUUAGCUGCUCAUGAAUUGUUAAAAAUUGUGAAAAAUACAUGUGUAGGAUUCUAUUCUAUGCUCUUUUUAUCUUGAUUCACUUCUUGGUUUAAUUAUAUCAUGUAUGUUUGUGAAAAAAAAUAAUUUACAAUAUGAUUACGAAUUAUACUAUUUAGUUUUCAAUUUUUCAUGGAAAUAUUUUGAAUGAUAUUUUGUGUAUUUUAAUCGGAACCUGUGUGUCGUUCCAACAAUCGCCAACAGGUGGCAGUAAUAUCGACGUAUCAUCGAGUGUCAACGGUCUUUUUAACAAAGAAGAACGAUGGAACGAAACAGGAUACAAAUUUGUCUAUAAUUGAUUUUAUUUUGGUAGUUAUUCUCAUUGUGUGAAUUAAUUUCGAGCAUUUACUAAUGAAUAGUUAUACCAGGCUUGUUGUUAUCGUCACUGUUUGUUUUUUGCAUUACUCGAGUGGUUAGCUAACUUGCUAUUGGUGGCUAUCAGCAACUUUUCAUCAAAAAGAUGGAGUCGAUUCUUUUUUCAACCAUUUCCCAAGGUACUCAAUUACCUCUGCCUUCUCUUCGUCUACUGGUGCCGCCUCUGCAGCUCCUGUCAGCUUCCAUGUGGCAGACCCUAAAGAUACAAGAAGUCACCAGCUACUGGGAAAUCGCCGACUUUGUCUCUUUGGCCGUGGAGAUUGUCCCGGAGCUGCUCGUGUACAAGCACAGGAUGCAACUUAACCUGGGUUUAAGAGCCAGGUAUAUUCUCGAAUUAUGCCGACGUGAACAUCCGCUGGAAUAUGACGUCAUCUUGUCACUUCUGGACAAGAUGAAACGACAAAAAACCUCUGCAGAACACGUGAAUGAAGAAGAAGAAGCCAUAAUGCGCUUCGUGGAUUCAAUUCAGGUUCUGCUCAAGAAUCCCGAAGAGAGACAACACUUUUUUAUGGAGGUCUUCCCAUCUUGUUAUGGACCCGAGUAUGACCAGGAUCUAAAGUCGCUGUUUUGGGAGUUCCUCUGUCGACUCGCUCAACUGUUACCUGUUCCUGAUCUCAAACAGACUGUUUGCUGGCUUGAAUCUUCAAUAACAGAUGAAUGCGUGCAUCCACUUAGCGAAGUUAAUGACUUAAAAGUUUUACUCCAGCACCACAAACACCUCAGACGUUUAAAGCGGCAUGUUCCAGCUACAAGCAUGGGGGACAAAAUCCUUGCCUCCCUUUCUGCCUUCCAUCCUGGCGGAACGGCCAAAGCGGAAGAGCAGUCGAACCAAGCAGGCUCGGAGAGUCACAUCCAUGUAGCCACAGUAGGUGAGGUGACCAUUGAGGUCACUGCAGAAGUGGAGGUGGGAUUAGAAGAAAAUGGUUUGGUCCAGCAAGCAGAAGAGAUGACCUCAGAUGUGGAUGACGGUAAAGAUAGGGAAGGAAUGGAUGGAAAGACGCAAAGCGACCUCGCCAGGACGCAGCAGCAGAGCGCUUCGGGCCCUCACGACUGUCCGGACUGCGACAAAAAAUUCAAGUUCGCCUCGUUGCUCACGGCCCACCGGGUCAUCCACACAGGGGAGCGCCCCCACCGCUGCUCCGAAUGCGGCCGCUGCUUCUCUUUCCGGCAGGCCCUGAGACGGCACAGAAACACGCACAAAACACGCAGGCAAACGCAUGACCAGCUGGAGUUCACAAACCGCUCGAAAACUCACAUCGGGUCAGCGAGGGGCGACGCGGCGGAAAUGCCGGGAAAUGCGGGAGCGGAGCCCGUCGACAAAGUCGUUCCUCUCGUUAAUGUCCGCACGAGCCGGCGCAAACGCCAACCCACCAUGAAGAUCCAAGUCAUCAACUUGCAGAAACGCAUGAACAGCAAGACGAAGCAGGACGUCAGCGGGGAGAAGCCGGCAGCCUCCUUCACUUGCAGUUCCGAGCAUUCGUACUGGUCACCCUCCGUUUCAGCAAAGGAUGCCGAGGAAGAGGACGAGCCGUCGCGGCAGCAACUGGAGCGUGUUGGCUCCGGUGAUGACAAGAUGGCCGGUGCCGCCGACGAGGAGGGUCGCUUCACCUGCAGGGACUGCGGCAAGAGCUUCAAGUUCCUGUGCUUGCUUAAAUCGCACCAGCGCAUCCACACGGGCGAGCAGCCGUUCGUCUGCUCGCAGUGCGGACGACCUUUCUCCUUCAAGCAGUCCCUGCAGAGACACAAGCAGACGCACAAGCCCGGCAGGUACGAGCGCGGCGGCGUCCACGGCGAGGCGCUUAACUCGCACGUGCGCGCCCACACGGACAGCGGCCGCUCGGUGUGCUCCGAGUGCGGCCGCAAGUUCGCCGGCAAGUCGGCGCUGAUGAGGCACCUCCGGACGCACGGCGAGCGCGUCCAGAAUUCGCUGGGAUGCCCUCAGUGCGAGCUGAGCUUCCGUUGCGCCGGCUCCCUCGCCAGCCACCUGCGCACCCACCGGGAGGAGCGAUCCUUCUCCUGCAGCUGCGGCAAGAGCUUCGCCUACCGGACGGCGCUGGGCGCCCACCAGCGCAUCCACCAGAAAGAGCGUCCGCACGUCUGCGCCCAGUGCGGCAAGGGCUUCCUCUACAAAGGCGGCCUGCUCAGCCACAUGAAGAUCCACUCGGACGAGAUGCCCUUCAUGUGCUCCUUCUGCGGCAAGUGUUUCAAGAGGGAGCGCAACAUGAAGAAGCACGAGCGCUGCCACACCAGGGAGAACGUCUACGCCUGCUCGCAGUGCGACAAGAGCUUCGUGUACAAGGCCACGCUGACCCGCCACGAGCUGACGCACUCGGGCGAGCGGCCGUUCCUCUGCUCCGACUGCGGCAAGGGCUUCUUCUCGCACGGCGAGCUGCUCAAGCACGAGCGCUUCCACACGGGCCACAAGCCCUUCCAGUGCCCGCACUGCGGCAAGAAGUUCACCCAGUCCUGCUACCUGACGGUCCACCUGCGCUACCACACGGGCGUGCGGCCGUACACCUGCGGCCAGUGCGACAAGAGCUUCUUCAGCGCCACCCGGCUGAAGAGACACGCGCAGACCCACACGGGAGAGAAACCCUUUCGCUGCGGCGAGUGCGGCAAAGCCUUCAAGCAGUCCCACAGCCUCAAAAUGCAUCACCGCACGCAUAAGAUAACUUGAAGACCAGCUCUCGGUAUGAAUUACUCUUUCCUAAUGGAUCUUUUUGAAAUGACAGAAAAUUUGCAAUUAAACCUGCUACGGGAUUGUGAUGA